AUGGCCUCUGAACUCGCCGCCGCGCCAGUCCUAUCCACGCCCGACGACCACAUUCUCGAAGUGCCCGCCGCCGAAUCGCUGCCAAAGUCCACCCUGUCAGACGAUGAACUGCGGUCGAUGUACGAAGUCGGCAGCACGGCCAGCCAAAUCCGCCAGGCGGGGUGGAAGAAGAUUGCGCUCCAGUUCCCAGACCACAUGCUCGUCGAUGCGCCGCGUGUCGUGCAACUGCUAGACGCCCAACUGGCCGACGACACGACGCGGAUUCACAUCCUGGCCGACACGAGCUACAGCGCGUGCUGCGUGGACGAAAUCGCCGCCGAGCACGCGGAGGCAGAGGUCGUGGUGCACUAUGGCAGGACGUGUCUGAGCCCGACGGGCCGACUGCCCGUCAUUCACGUCUACACGUCGCACACGCUCGACCACGGCGCUGUUGUCGCAAAGUUUGGCGCCGAGUUCGCCGACAAGACAAGCAAGGUCGUCGUCAUGGCGGACCUGACGUACCAGGACCACGUGGAUGCCAUUGUGCACAAGUUGAAAGAGUCCGGGUACACAAACGUCCUGGGGACAAGCGUGGCCCGAGACCCAGCGGCCCUGAUACCCAAUCGGAGGAUUGAAGGGCCAGAAAUGACAGACGAGGCCGUCCGGUCGCAUGCGCUGUUUCACAUUUCCGAUCCGCCCACGUCGUUGUUACUGGCGCUGCACACUCGUUUUGCGUCGCUGCAUGUGCUUUCGACGGACUCGUCGUCGGCGGCGGUUGACAACCCGACGUUCAGGGCGGCGGGUCUACUCCGUCGACGGUUCGCGCGGGUCCUGUCCCUGGCCUCCGCCGGCGUCGUGGGCAUCUUGGUCAACACCCUCUCCGUCUCGAAUUACCUGGCUUCCAUCGACCUGCUGCGGAAAAAGAUUGCACAGGCCGGCAAGAAGAGCUACACGGUUGUGGUGGGCAAGCUGAACCCGGCAAAGCUGGCAAACUUUGCAGAAAUAGAAGGCUGGGUAGUGAUUGGCUGCUGGGAGAGUGGACUGAUCGAGGACGAUGUUGGAUACUGGCGGCCCGUCGUCACGCCGUUUGAAAUGGAGGUCGCACUUAUGGGCGAGGAGGAGAGAAUAUGGGGCGGCGAAUGGUGGGGAGGCAUUGAAAAGCUCAAGCAAGAAGCUGAGGCUUCUCAAGAGGGCCACGCAUCACGGGGACAAGAGGAUUCUGCGCCAGCAGAGGAGGACGUGGAGGGUGGCGUGGAAGGGCAGGAAUCCCUACCGCCGCAGUUUGACUUGCGGACAGGCAAGCUCAUUAGUCACAGCAGACCGAUGCAGCUCCCUGUGCGGAGUUCUAGCACGAAUGAAGAGGGCAGCGAAGGUAUCGAGGCUGGAAAUACCAGUCGAGGACAGUCCAACGCCGUUGCAAAGAGAGUUGUUGGCGAAUUGGCUAGUAUCAACGGUGUAGCUAGUCCGGGGGCUGAGUAUUUGCGAUCCAAUAGGACAUGGCAAGGGUUGGGGACGGAUUUCGACCAAGAAGCGAGUACACUGAUCGAGGAAGGUCGUAGUGGAGUUGCACGGGGUUAUCAUGUGGGUGAGGAUGAAUCACGGCAUUAG